UUUUCAGACUAAUCGAGUUUAAACCGUGUCCUCCUGUGUUCCAGUUCUCUAUCAGUCUCUGGCUGACAGUUAUGUGCUUCCAGCAAAUAUUGGCGACCCCCCAUCCUGACUGGAACCAGUAUUUGUCAAAGCUUCAUCCUCGACCGUUGAUGUUUCGGUUCAAGCUCCCACGGAUGGGCCCAAGAAUGGACUGUGCAGAUAUUUAUCGAGAAGGAUUUCACACAAGUGGAGUUUACCAGAUCUACCCUUCUGGGCCUUUCAUUCCACUGAAUGUUUACUGUGACAUGGCGACUGAUGGUGGAGGGUGGACUGUAUUACAGAGAAGGAACAAUGGCUCUGUUGACUUCUACAGAGGAUGGGACGAUUAUAAACGGGGCUUUGGGACUGCUGACGGUGAAUAUUGGCUGGGGCUGGAGAACAUACACUCAUUGACUGCCAGGAGGCAGUAUGAGCUGAGGAUCGACUUGGAAGACUUUGAGAAUAAAACCGUGUACGCAAAGUACAGGCUGUUUGCUCUGUCACCCAAUGCCAUUAAUGCAGAGGAAAAUGGAUACAGGCUCCAGGUGAUGCACUUCAUUGAUGGAGGAGCAGGUGACUCUCUUGCCUAUCAUAAUGGACUCAAGUUCAGUACAUUCGACAGAAAUCACCAGGCUCCCCUGAACUGUGCAGAGAAAUGCUCUGGGGCUUUUUGGUACAAGUCAUGCCAUACAGCAAACAUCAAUGGUCUUUACUUAAAAGGAGCACAUUCCUCCUAUGCCAAUGGAAUCCACUGGGCCACAUGGACUGGAUAUUACUAUUCCCUCAAAGCUACAGCAAUGAAAAUGCGACCAAUCUCUUUGCCAUUUCCUGUUUAGA